CGGAAAUGCGUAGGUCGCUUCCUUCAGCCAUUAACUCUGUCACUGCCGGAAGCAGUCUGCAGUGUAGUAUGCUUCUGACAUUUCCCGUACAAUACUAAUGGACCAGGUGGUGCUAAGCUAUGGAGAUUCUCUUCUGCGCUCUUCAGAUGUUGCGCUUCUAGAUGCCCCUCACUGGUUGAAUGACAACAUCAUUGGUUUUAUUUUUGAAUUCUUGGCAUCCAAGUUGCCCCCAUCAACAACUGAAAAAGUUGCCCUCCUUAGUCCUGAGGUGAGCCAGUUUAUAAAAUGUUGUGGCACUGAUGCUCGAGAGUUUCUAGAGCCGCUGGAACUACUCAAAAAAGAACUGGUUUUAUUGCCUGUAAAUGACAAUGCUGGGACUGAAGCAGGGGGUACACACUGGAGUCUUCUUGCCUAUCUCCGUAGCGUCCGUGAAUUUCUUCAUUAUGACUCUGCACCAGGGACUAAUGCCCCACAUGCCCGACUCAUGGCUAAAAACCUAAGCAGUCUACUUGUUGGUAAUCCAUGUUACCGGGAAGAAGAGGCCCCAGCACAACAUAACAGCUAUGAUUGUGGCAUGUAUGUGGUAUGUGUGGCACAGGCUCUGUGUGAGCAAUAUUUUCGAGGGUGCAACAAGUUGAAUCUGCAAAACAUCACACCUCAGUAUGUUACAGAAAAGCGCACUGAGUGGAAAGAAAUCAUCAGGGGACUGGGCAGCCAUGCCAAAGCUACUUCGGGACUUUGAAGUUUAUAUUGAAGAUAUGUCCAUCUGCUUCUAAGUUCGGAAGAGAUACCAGUGCUGUGAACCAUUGCUUUACAUUUCCAGAUCGCAAUAUUAUAUUUGAGUUUGGUACUGGCAGGCAGAUCUGGAUUACAUGAACACAUGCACUCACUGCAGAGUUCACUAGAUGUGGUUUUGCCUUCCCUGCGAUUUGUAAUGAAUUGAUGUGAAUUCUGACCUCACCUUUAUAAAAUAUUUACAUGUAUAAGACAAUUGUUUCUAAUAUGAUCCUUUGUUUAGCAGAAAUAAAAGGGGGAUUUAAAAAUAAA